CAAUUUUGUCUUUUCUCAAAUAAAUAAACGAGUUUUUUAUUUUCUGAAUUUUUCAAAGUUUUUGCACUGAUUUUAUGUUUAUUUAAUAUAAACGACACCACUAACCAAUAUAUCAAUCUUCUAUUACGGCUCUGAGCCUCCCUUGGUUGGUGGGAAUACAUUUUGGCUUUGUUAAUCACGAAAAGACCAUCAGUAUGCUGCCCAGGCCAUUCUACGGGGAUCAGGACAUGAGAAAACGGCAAAUCGAUACUCUUAAAAUAUUCAACGACAAUGUCACUGAAAUAUCAGCAAAUGAAGAAUAUAGGGUAGACUUUAACGCAGACGGGCGUAGCAUGAGUCUCAGCAUCAUUCUGACCCCGGAAUUUCCUAGUGAGAAGCCCGUCAUAUUUGUUAAUCCAGCUUUUCCUCACCCGUGGAUCGCAGAUAACUCCAACCAGGUUCUAGGGGCACCAGGGCUUCUGAAUUACACACAGCAUUCAGAUCUGGGACGUGUCGUACAGGCGAUCAUCAGAGAAUUCCAGAAAUCAGCCCCUCGCAUGCCGAGUAAUGAGGAGGAAACGACAAAUGAGCAUCAGCACACCGCCAGCACAGUCCCGCUCAUGUUUCCAGAACUACAGAACUUGACUAUUGAAGAACUGCAAGAAAUACUUGAAAACCAAGAUCUUCAGGACCAAUUCUUGGAGAGCGAUCCACAACUCCUACAGUUAGAUUUAGAAACAGAGGCGGUCAUGUGUAGCAUAGAAAAGAUGGCAAAAGACAACAUGGAGAAGCAAGAAAUGGUUGAUACACUGAAAACAGACGUAAUUGAUCGAAUAUCCAGCAUUGUUCAGAUGAAAAUGAAUUACGAAGAGCUUAACAACAAGCAUCAGAAGCUCUCAGAGAAGUAUGACCCUCACCGGAUACGGGAGUGCUUGAAAGAGGCUGCGCUGAAAGCUGACGAGGAUGCAGAGGUUAUAGCGGAACAGUUUCUGUUAGGUAAUGUUCCGGUUGAGACGUUUGUUAGUAAGUUUGCAGAGAAAAGAGUGCUUGGGCAAGCACGGCGAGCCCGGGAAGAACGGCUAGCGCAUCAGUUGGCGCAGUUAGAUAAAGCUACUAUUUAGGUUACGCAUACUAACUAAAAGCUUAUUUAAAUGUUUUUAUUUAUUGCUACAGUGAUUAAGAAUUCAAGACUGGGUAGGAGACCAUUAUUAUUAUUUUAUAAACAUGAAUGGGAAAAACAAAGUGUACCAGCGUGGUGGGAAAUGGUCCAAGCUUAGGAUGGCAGUUUAGACCUUGGGGAUUAUGCGCAAAGAUUAAAGAGAGCCAGGUGCAGGUACUUACACCCCCACAGGGUAUAGAAUAUAAUAUGGAUAGUUGCGACGAUAAGGUGGUGCAAGAAUGCAAACAGAUAUUCAUGGCUCUGUUGUUGAAUGUUUUUUUUUGUACCCAUGUAUUUAUAAUGUAAGAAUGUUGAAUAAACAAUAAUUCUACUCAAAACGUGUGUAGGAUAAUGUUAAUAGAGAAAGGUUCACUAAAGAACCACGUAAGUAUUAUUUGUUAUGUAUUGUAAGAAGUACUUAGCAUUUAUUAUAACUAUCUAUAUGAGCAAUAUCAACCAAAUAAAAUGUAAAAGACAUUGA